UCCAUCUGUCACUCACCAGCCGAAAUCUCCCCACCCUCCACCCAGGACGAUCGUCACUCAUGUGUCAGUCUCUCAUUUCGGGAGCAGGCAUGAGCUGCCCAGUCCACGCAGCAGCCCCCACAGCUGCUAUCUUCCUCUUCAUCUUCCUGCUGGGUCCUCGGGAGGCUUCGGGGCACCUGGGGACAGGGCAGCUAGGACUCCAGAUCACCUGCUUCAAUUUCCAGACGGUACAGAUCACCUGGGAUGCUGGCGAAACAUCUGGAAGCAACCUGACCUUCAUGUACAGAUUCAUGCUCAGACAGGGCUCAGGGCCCCAAGCUGACCUUCAUCUUUGUCCUGGCCAGCAUCCUGAGCAUGGGCCUCCUCUUUCUGUCCCUGUGGAAGUUGCACAGUGUCAAGAAAUUUCUCGUGCCCACUGUGCCAGACCCCAGAUCCAGCUUCCCCGGGCUCUUCGAGUGCCACCGAGGAGAUUUCCAGCAGGAGUGGAUCUCUGACACCCAGAAUGUGGCACCUCCGGAUCCAAUGGAAGACAGUGCCCCGGAGCACACACUGGUCAUCCACCUGCCCAGGAUGGACCCCCAGGAGGUGCCUGGGGCAUCCAACCCGGGGUACCCUGAAGUUAGGGAGCAGAAAGCCACUGUGGACUCCCCCAGGCUCCCUCGCUCCCCACCGGAAAGCACCAGCCUGGAAGCCCUGGCACAGCCCAAAUUCACACUGGCAGACACACACUAUGUGGUGAUGUAAAAGGGGUUUGCAAACUAAGGAGGCAAAGCGGGCAGCGGGGGCAGGGGGAAUGUCUCCUGGGCUCCACAGCUGCAGGAUGCGGACCUCUGAGGUCCCCUCAGCCUGUGCUGGGCACCAUCCUGGGGACCUGAGGACCUUACCUGGGGAAGGAGGGGGGCUGUUAGGGGUUGGCUGCUUGGGACUGUUGCUGCACAGGACCCCUUCUGGAUGUGAGUCAGAGACGUCCAUGGUCUCCGGGAACCCCUCCCUCAGCUGUCACUCAGAGGAGGGGGUGGGGGACAGGGAGAUGGAGCUGUCGCUGCCAAGGAUCCCCCUUUGGCUAUGCAUCAGAGACCCUCUUGCUCUCAAGGAACCCUCCCUCAGCUGUGGGCAGGGCUGCAGCUGUCCAUUACCCUGCAAGGCCCGCCCUUCCUGGAACUUUUUAGAAACUAAGCCAUGGUGGCUGCCUAGAUGCUGAGAAGAUACCUCAGCCACACCCUUGGGCUCCAGCCAAGACCACAGAUGCCGUCUCUGUUGUUACUCAGUGUCCAUCAUGGAAAUGACAGCUCAGCCAGUGAGCCUCUGAACCAUUUGAGAAGAUACUUCCUUGACGUGUGUCAGUUACACUGGAAAAAAAAAAAAAAACCCAGAGGUGAUAGGAAUUCUCUCCACAAUGACAUUAGCAUUUCUCCUAAAUCUGCCGGCUGACCUCUGUGACUCUUGACCUGCAUGACCCCUGACCUCGUGCCCCACCAGGAAAAAAAUGGAAAAAUAUUCACA